AUGGUACUCUGCUUUAUCGACAUUCAAAACAUUGUCGUGUUGUGUGCCACUUGCCACCAAAAUGCAAUUCUGACGGAUUCUUUCCUUCAACGUCGACGAGAUCGCAUCCUUCGCUAUUUCAUUCCCGAUGUUCCAGCAUUCAUGCAUUUUUUGAAAUCUUCCAAUGCUGUGAUAUCCGGUUCUUCAGCAUUGAGGCUUAUUCUUGCCGUCGCGGAUAUUUCAUGGCCAAUCUCUGACCUGGAUAUAUACAUUCUGUUAUCAUCCGGGCCUUCAACUACAGAAUUCUUCCAUUGCUUCGGGUAUGAUAUCAUACCAUACCCACACCCUAAAACGAAAUAUGGAUGCAAAAAAAUUUGGAGUGUAGUUGCUGCAGUCAAAGGCAGUCAAAAAAUCGACAUUGUUCUAUCUUGCGAUGGUCGACCUAUUCUCCCCAUAUUUCAAUUUCACAGUUCAAUCGUCAUGAACUAUUUCACUCCCACAACCAUUUUCUCCGCCUAUCCUGCACUCACAUUGCAAUUCAAAGGCAUCAUCAAUCCCAUGGCAUGUACUCAUCACCACAUGCUUCCUCCACGUACUAUGCGUGCUCUGACAAAAUAUGUCAAUCGCGGCUUCCAAUUCGCAUCUUCUGGGCUUGCAUGGACGUGCGCGGAAAAUCACACGUGCACUCAGACAUUUGAUUGUCCCCUUCAUGCUCGCACUUCAUUCGAUAGUGGUUGUCUUAAUGUUUCUUUUUCGACUCCUACAUGUUCUUCUGAUAUAGCGCGAUGUGGAUCAAAGGAGAUGUAUGGAUGGUUGUUAGGAGGUUUUUAUUGUCAGGAUCUGCAUUACAAAUUCCCUCCUUAUGUGUUUUACAUUCCUUUAAGUCGUUGA